CUACGGUAAAUGACACCAAAAACUUGUUCAUUCCACAAAGCAAACGCCCGCAGUUCAGGUUAAAUUCUCAGUGAAUACGAAAGCUUAACUAUGUCUGGCGAAAAUCCAUUUGCACAGUUCGAGAAAUCCUUCACCAAGGAUGGCACGGUGUACAAAUACUUCGAUUUGGCUGCCAUUAGCAGCAAAUAUGCCCAACUGCCCUACUCGAUUCGAGUGCUGUUCGAGUCUGGUGUGCGCAACUGCGACAACUUUCAUAUUCUGGAGAAGGAUGUUGAGAGCAUUCUGGGCUGGACACCAGACCUGAAGCAGGGCACCAAUGAUGUGGAGGUCUCGUUCAAGCCAGCGCGUGUCAUUCUGCAGGACUUCACUGGAGUUCCGGCAGUUGUGGAUUUUGCUGCCAUGCGCGAUGCUGUCUUAGAUUUGGGCGGCAAUCCCGAAAAAAUCAAUCCCAUUGUGCCCGCUGACUUGGUCAUCGAUCACUCUGUGCAGGUGGAUUUUGCUCGCGUCCCAGAUGCCUUGACCAAGAACCAAAACCUGGAAUUUGAGCGCAACAAGGAGCGUUUCACCUUCCUGAAGUGGGGCGCCCGGGCUUUUAACAACAUGCUGAUUGUGCCGCCCGGCUCGGGCAUUGUGCAUCAAGUGAACUUGGAGUACCUGGCACGUGUGGUCUUCGAAAACAAUGCUGCCGAUGGCAGCAAGAUUCUGUAUCCCGACAGCGUUGUCGGCACCGAUUCGCACACCACCAUGAUUAACGGCCUAGGCGUGCUCGGCUGGGGUGUGGGCGGCAUUGAGGCGGAGGCUGUGAUGUUGGGCCAAUCCAUCUCUAUGCUGCUGCCCGAGGUCAUCGGCUAUAAGCUCGAGGGCAAACUGAGUCCCCUGGCCACCUCCACGGAUCUGGUCCUGACCAUUACCAAACACUUGCGUCAAUUGGGUGUUGUCGGCAAAUUCGUGGAGUUCUAUGGACCCGGCGUGGCAGAGCUCAGCAUUGCCGAUCGUGCGACCAUCAGUAACAUGUGUCCGGAGUACGGAGCCACCGUUGGCUACUUCCCCAUAGAUGAGAAUACGCUGGGCUACAUGAUGAAAACAAAUCGCUCCGAGAAGAAGGUUGACAUUAUUCGCGAAUAUCUGCAGGCAACCCAGCAAUUGCGCAAUUACGCCGACGCGGCACAAGAUCCAAAGUUCACUCAGAGCAUCAGUCUGGAUCUGGCGACGGUAGUUACCUCUGUGUCGGGUCCCAAACGGCCGCAUGAUCGCGUCUCCGUUUCGAACAUGCCCGAAGACUUCAAGUCGUGCCUGUCCAGUCCGGUCGGCUUCAAGGGUUUUGCUAUUGAGCCAGAGGCCCUGGCGGCUACCGGUGAGUUCCAGUGGGACGAUGGCAAAACCUACAAGCUUCAACACGGCUCUGUGGUCAUUGCGGCCAUAACAUCUUGCACAAACACCUCGAAUCCCUCGGUCAUGUUGGGUGCGGGUCUGCUGGCCAAGAAUGCUGUCGAGAAGGGUCUCAACAUUCUGCCCUAUAUCAAGACGUCACUCUCACCUGGAUCUGGUGUGGUCACCUACUAUUUGAAGGAGUCGGGCGUUAUUCCCUAUUUGGAGCAGCUUGGAUUCAACAUUGUCGGCUACGGUUGCAUGACCUGCAUUGGAAAUUCGGGCCCACUGGAGGAGAACGUGGUGAACACCAUUGAGAAGAAUGGCUUGGUUUGUGCCGGCGUCUUAUCGGGUAAUCGCAACUUCGAGGGUCGUAUUCACCCCAACACCCGCGCCAACUAUCUGGCCAGCCCCUUGCUUGUUAUUGCGUAUGCGAUUGCGGGUCGCGUUGAUAUUGACUUCGAGAAGGAGCCACUGGGCGUGGAUGGUAAUGGCAAGAACGUCUUCCUUAGGGAUAUCUGGCCAACGCGUGCCGAAAUUCAAGAGGUGGAGAAUAAGCACGUCAUUCCCGCCAUGUUCCAAGAGGUCUACAGUAAGAUCGAAUUGGGCUCAGAGGAUUGGCAGACUCUGCAGGUGUCGGAUGGCAAACUUUAUCCGUGGAGCGCCGACUCCACCUACAUCAAGCGUCCACCCUUCUUUGAGGGCAUGACUCGAGAGCUGCCUCAGCUGAAGAGCAUUCAAAACGCGCGCUGUCUGCUCUUCUUGGGUGAUUCUGUGACCACAGAUCACAUCUCACCCGCUGGUUCUAUAGCCAGAAACUCGCCGGCGGCACGCUUCCUCUCCGGUCGCAAUUUGACUCCCCGGGACUUUAACUCGUAUGGCUCGCGUCGUGGUAAUGACGCCAUCAUGGCACGUGGCACAUUCGCCAACAUUCGUUUGGUGAACAAGCUGAUAACAAAGACAGGGCCACGCACUCUGCACGUACCCAGCCAGGAAGAAUUGGACAUUUUUGAUGCUGCUGAGCGCUAUCGGGAGGAAGGCACUCCGCUGGUUCUGGUCGUUGGAAAGGAUUACGGCAGCGGUAGUUCUCGCGAUUGGGCCGCCAAGGGUCCCUUCCUGUUGGGUGUGAAAGCAGUCAUUGCGGAAUCAUAUGAGCGCAUUCAUCGCUCGAACUUGGUCGGCAUGGGCAUCAUUCCCCUGCAGUUCUUACCGGGUCAGAACGCUGAGACUCUCAACCUGAACGGUCGGGAGGCCUACAACAUUGCUUUGCCCCAAAGCGGCCUGAAGCCAGGACAGAUAAUUAAAGUUGAAGCUGAUGGCAAUGUUUUUGAGACCACGCUGCGUUUCGACACCGAAGUGGAUAUCACCUAUUACCAGAACGGCGGCAUCCUGAAUUACAUGAUUCGCAAAAUACUCUCCUAAAUUGUCCCUUUUUUUAAUUGCAUAUAUUCCACUUGCAUUUCAAAUACUGUACAUCGUAGUGUCCUAAGUUUUUAAUGUGUGCUGGUGCUUUCCUGAACAAUGGUCAAACCAAUAAAAUUAAGCCUUCAUUUCGUUAGCCGCA